CAGAGAGGGAAGUGGCGGGGCAGUGUUCUCUUGAACCAGGAAGAAGGAAGUGAACCGACUCCACCAACGUGGCACCAUGUCCUCUUCUUCCUCCCUCCUCUUCCUAUUCCUCCUCUCUCUGAGCGUGGUGAAGCCGACCUCUGGGUUUAAGAUUUGUGCCUUUAACGUCCAGAGCUUCGGAGACUCCAAGUCACAAAACACUGAAGUCAUGCGCACGCUCAUACAGAUUGUGUCUCGUUGUGAUGUGUGCUUGCUACAGGAAGUGAGAGACACUAAACAGAAAGCCAUGGCGCUGCUGAUGACUGCCCUGAACAGGUAUGACAGCCAGAACCAGUAUGCAUAUGUGGCCAGUGAGCGGCUGGGCAGGACACCUAGCUACCAGGAGCAGUAUGUGUUUGUGUUCAGGGUUGGCUCGGUGACCGUAACAGAUCAGUACCAGUAUCCUGACAUGUUGCCGGGAGACGAGGAUGCCUUCUCCAGAGAACCCUUCAUAGUCCGCCUCCACACCCCCAAGACAGCCAUACAGAACUUUGUGUUAGUACCCCAGCACACCACUCCCACCAACGCUACUAAAGAGAUCGAUGCCCUCUACGAUGUCUUCCUGGAUGUCAAGAAGAAAUGGAAGACAGAGAUGGUGAUGUUCCUAGGGGAUUUUAAUGCUGACUGUGGCUAUUUGGCCAAGAAGAACAGGCAGCAUGUACGUCUCUAUAGUAACCAGGCCUUCCUGUGGCUGAUAGGAGACAAGGAGGACACCACCGUUAGACAGACCACCACCUGCGCCUACGACAGGAUCGUGGUCCACGGGGAGGCAUUUGCAAAUGCCAUCGUGCCCCAGUCCGCACGACCUUUCAACUUCGCCGAAGAAUACCACCUCACAGAAGAACAGGCGCUGGUCGUCAGUGACCACUACCCAGUGGAGGUUGAGUUGAAGGCGGGGUCAGAACACUUGGCAGGCCACACCCCCCUGAUCAUCCUCAUGGCCUUCAUCAUCUCCACCUGAACCUGUGGCCACGUUCCAGGACGACUCCACUGCAGACGCUGCGUUGCAUCAACCAAUGGUUGCAUCCCACGUCAUGGACUGUAGUCAAGCAUCAGAUGCCUAUAGUGUAUCAUAUGAUGUGUACUGAACAAAAAUAUAAACCCAACAUGAAACAAUUUCAAA